AGAAAGGAACCUGGUCUCGUUUCUUUGGCUCAUAGGUCUAGAAAACCAGGGCACACCUCCAGCAGUGAGAGAUAACUCCAAGCCUUUGUCAGAGGAGACACGCGCGUAAAAAAAUAAAAAAAAAAUCCCGUGGCAGCUCCACUUUUGUCUUUUAUCUUUUUUUUUUUUUUUUUUUUUGCGCGUUUUCAUGGACACCUACAGAUGACGAGGUGGCUCUCAGCAUCUACGGGGAUCGCUGAUGGGGAACAUGGCGAGGAGGGUGGCAGGAGUUCAUCUCCUCGCUGUAUUUUUCACCUCUGGAGUGACGCUUUUCUGGAACGCGGAGGGACAGGAGACUUUUAACGACCUCACGGGCUUCAGCCUGAGUCCGCCGUACUUCAACCUCGCCGAGGGCUCCAGGAUAUCGGCCACUGCGACCUGCGGGCAGGAUGAGACUGGCGCACCAAGAUAUGAUUUAUACUGUAAGCUUGUUGGGGGACCUGCUGUUGGACUUCCAACUCAAAAUAUUCAGGGUCAGUUCUGUGACUACUGCAACUCCAUGGAGCCAAACAAAGCCCACCCCGUGAGCAAUGCCAUUGACGGGACGGAGCGGUGGUGGCAGAGCCCCCCUCUCUCCAGGGGACUGGUCUACAACGAGGUGAACGUCACCCUGGACCUCGGGCAGCUCUUCCAUGUGGCGUACGUCCUAAUCAAGUUUGCCAAUUCACCUCGUCCUGACCUGUGGGUGCUGGAGCGUUCCGUGGACAAUGGCAGAACGUUCUCUCCCUGGCAGUACUUUGCACAUUUAAAGCGUGAGUGUAUCGAAAGGUUCAGAAAGCCUCCAAAUGCCCGGAUAUUAAAAGACGACGACCAGAUCUGCACCACGGAUUACUCCCGGAUCAUUCCUCUGGAGAAUGGAGAGAUUGUGGUUUCUCUGAUCAACGGUCGGCCAGGGUCCAAAAACUUCACCUACUCGCCCGUGCUGCGAGACUUCACGAAGGCCACAAACAUCCGCCUGCGUUUCCUCCGCACCAACACCCUGCUGGGCCACCUGAUCUCCAAGGCCCAGAGAGACUCCACCGUCACACGCAGGUACUUCUAUAGCAUCAAAGAUAUCAGCAUCGGUGGACGCUGUGUUUGUCACGGGCAUGCCCAGGCUUGUGGUUCAGGUCGGGACCCGGACAGUCCAAACAGACUCCAGUGUGAGUGCCAACACAACACCUGUGGUGAGUCCUGUGACCGCUGCUGCCCGGGCUUUAACCAGAAGCCGUGGCGCGCUGCAACUGUUGACAGCCCCAACGAGUGUCAGCCCUGCCAGUGUUUCUCCCAUGCCUUCGACUGUUAUUACGACCCAGAGGUGGAAAAGAGAGGAGCAAGUUUAGACACCUUCGGCAGGUACAGAGGAGGAGGCGUGUGCAUCGACUGCCAGCACAACACUGCUGGAAUAAACUGUGAGAGAUGCAGAGAGGGCUUCUACCGACCUCRUGGAGUACGGCCUGAGUCUCCCACUGGAUGUAUACCCUGCAGCUGUGAUGAAAGGACGACAGCUCGAUGUGAAAUGGGUUCAGGAAGAUGUGUCUGCAAGCCGCAWUUUACUGGAGAAAAGUGUGAUCGCUGCGCUGAUGGACGCUCUUACUUCCCCCUGUGCAUUCAAAACCCCGUGUACCUGACAACCACCAAAUCUCCCGCAGGCCCCAUCCAUCAGUGUGUGUAACCCUGCAGGAACGGACGUGCCUGAUCGUCAAACGGGUUUCUGCCGCUGCCGACCACAUGUAGAGGGAGCGCUGUGCGACAGGUGUAAACCUCUCUAUUGGAACCUCGCAACUGAAAACCCUCACGGCUGCGUCGAGUGUCAGUGUGAACUGAAAGGGACGCUAAGUGGCAUUGGAGAAUGUGAACAGAGAAGUGGACAGUGUCACUGCAAGCCGAACGCCUGCGGCCAUACAUGUGACUCUUGCAAGGAUGGCUUCUUUCUCCUGCAAAAAAGGAACUAUUUUGGUUGUCAAGGUUGUCAGUGUGAUGUGGGAGGUGCCAUCGAAACGGCGUGUGAAGAGACGUCUGGACAGUGUCGGUGUCGGAGGAAUAUUGUUGGCCGUCGAUGCACAGAGCCAGCCAUCAGCCACUAUUUCCCCACCUUGCACCAGUUGAAGUUUGAGGUGGAGGAUGGCACCACGCCAAACGCCAGACCAGUACGCUUUGGGUUCAACUCCCAAGAAUUCCCAGAAUUCAGCUGGAGAGGUUAUGCCAUAAUGUCACCCGCUCAGAGUGACGUCAGAGUAACAGUGCAUGUUGAGCCGAAAGACGGGAGGCAGAACUUGUUCCGUGUGGUUCUGCGGUUCAUUAACCCCAACAGCAUCAGUGUGGCCGGUAGCAUCAGGGCUACCGCUAACAGAGGCUCUGCAGGGACCGAUCAGAGUAAAGAAGUAAUAUUUCCUCCGAGUCCCUCCCCGUCCUUCGUCACAGUCCCCGGAGAGGGCUUCAUUGAGCCUUUUGCACUGAAUCCUGGGAAAUGGAUCAUUCACAUAAGGGCUCAGGGGGUUCUCUUGGACUAUUUAGUGCUGCUUCCUCGGGAAUACUACGAGGCUUCUCUGCUGCAGGAAGACAUCACUCAGCCCUGCACAUAUCUGCACACUGCAAACAAGGAUGCAAACUGCCUGCUGUAUAAGCACAUUUCCAUGGAUGGCUUCAGCUCUGUCCUCGGCUCUCAGGGAAGACUCACCACGCGGAGUGGGCAGAGGAAGAGGAGGCAGGCUCGAGUACGGCGUCCCACCCCCGAUCACCCCGACAUGGCUGCUCUCAGCGGGAGACAGUCACAACUGGAGCUCAGUCUGCACGUGCCYCAUCCAGGCCUGUAUGCUCUUGUUCUGGAGUACGCAAGCGAAGUGGAAAAUAUCCAGAACGUCAACAUCCACAUCAGCGGUCAGUCAGAAGGCCAGAUCGUAGCCAGGACCAACAUUUAUAGCUGCGCUUUCAGCACUUUGUGCCGGAGCGUGGCGGUGAGCGGCAGAAAUCAAGUGGCGACGCUGCAGCUUUCACACAGGACGGAGAUUAUUCUGCACACCUCCACAGCAUCACUCCUUCUGUACAAAGUGUACGCGGUGCCAGCCAAAGAUUUCUCUACCGAGUAUGUGGAGCCGAAGGUGCUGUGUGUUUCCACUCAUGGCCGCUUCACUGAAGACAGUCGAUACUGCGUGCCGCGGCGCUUUGACAAGCCGUCUUCAGCCUGGCUUCUGUACGCGGCCCGUGAUGGGCAGCUGUCGUCCAUCGUAGCUGCUCAGCCACAGGGACAGAAUGAAGACUGGAGGCAGAGACGGCAGUCUGGGCAGUUCUCCGUCCACGAGCCUCAAAGCGAUGGGACUCUGCUUAAAUUCCCGCAGACUGAGAUCCGUUUCACUCCGGCCAUCCCUCUCCCGGGCAGAUAUGUGGUUGUGGUCCAUUAUCGUCAGCCUGAACAUAUUUCCUUCCCGGUGGAAGUUCGAGUAUCUGCAGGACGCGAGUGGAAGGGUUCUGUAAAUGCAUCCUUCUGCCCUGCAGUCUCUGGAUGUAAGGAUGUUGUCAUUGCUGAUGGACGCAUUGUCCUCGACUUGGACACAAAUCCUUUACAGCUACCCACCAUCUCUGUCACUGUGCCUCCUGGGAAGACUCUUAUCUUGGAUCAUAUCAUGUUGGUUCCUGAUAGAAGCUACACUUUGGAGCUCCUGAAAGAAAAACCACUGGAUAAAUCUGCAGCCUUUUUAAAACAAUGCACUGCAGAAGGAUUCUAUACUCAGCCCAGACUCUCCUCCCAGUUUUGCAGAGACUCGGUCUUCUCCCUUGUAGCUGCUUACAAUAAUGGAUCCCUGCCUUGUGACUGUGACAAGUCCGGUUCUACUGGGACCGUCUGCGAUCCGAUCGGGGGACAGUGUCCCUGCAGGCAGCACAUCAUCGGGCGGCAGUGCACAAAAUGUGCCACAGGAUUCUACGGAUUUCCCUACUGCAAACGGUGUGAAUGUGGACGUCGGCUGUGCGACGAAGUGACAGGACGCUGCAUCUGYCCCCCUCAGACGGUGAAGCCGACCUGUGAAGUGUGCCAGGAGCAGACGUUCAGCUACCACCCCCUGCUGGGCUGCGAGAACUGCGGCUGCUCUCCGAGCGGCAUCGAUCCGGAYGCCGGGCUUCAGUGUGACCGCACCACGGGACAGUGCAGCUGUAAGCCUCUUAUUGAAGGCCGGCAGUGCGAUCGCUGUGCUCCAGGUUAUUAUCGCUUCCCCAACUGUGUGCCUUGUGUCUGUAAUGAAGGAGGAGUCACAGCUGAGGUGUGCCACCCUGACACAGGAAGGUGUCUCUGCAAGAGAAAUGUUGCUGGCCUCAGGUGUGACACGUGUCGGGAAGGCUCUUUUUAUUUUGACCCCUCCAACCCCCUCGGCUGCACCAGCUGCUUCUGCUUCGGAGCCACUGACCAGUGUCAGAGCUCCCGCAAGCGCAGAGGGAAGUUUGUGGAGAUGCGAGGAUGGCGUUUGGAAAGCCCCGACAAGGAGGAGGUUCCUUCUGUGGCGAACCCAGUCAGUAACACAGUGGUGGCAGAUGUCCAGGAGCUCCCCCCUACUGUUCAAACGCUACACUGGGUGGCGCCACAUUCCUACCUGGGAAACAGGGUUUCAUCGUAUGGUGGUUUCCUCACAUACCAGUCCAAAUCUUUUGGGAUUCCCACUGAAGGCAUGGUUCUCAUCGACAGAGCAGCUGACGUUGUGCUGACAGGUCAGGAUAUGAGUCUGAUCCACGUGGCCUCACAUGUGCCACUUCCAGACAGGCUGUAUGAGGGCAGAGUCCAGCUCCUGGAGGGAAACUGGCGCCAUGCUGGUACCAACAGGCCUGUUUCCAGAGAGGACCUCAUGAUGGUCCUGGCAGGUCUGGUGGGCCUGAGGAUCAGAGGCCUGUACUUCACUAGGAGCCAGCGACUCAGCCUGGGGGAGGUGGGUCUGGAGGAGGCCACCAACACCGGGACUGGCAGUCCAGGAAACAUCGUGGAGGUCUGCCGCUGCCCUCCUCAGUACACCGGAGAUUCGUGUGAGAAAUGCGCUCCUGGCUUUUACCGGGACAGGAACGGAUCUUACCUGGGUCGCUGUGUGCCCUGCGAGUGCAACGGUCUGGCUGACGAGUGUGAGGACUGGACAGGGAGGUGUCUGAACUGUCAGUACAACACAGCUGGCGAACGAUGUGAACGCUGCAAAGAAGGUUAUUAUGGCAACGCCGUGCAGAGGACGUGCAGUUUGUGCCCGUGUCCAUUAAGUAUACCUACAAACAGUUUUGCAGUUGGCUGCAGAAAUGUAGUCGGAGACCUCCGGUGUUUCUGCAGGACAGGCUACACUGGAAACCGGUGUGAGAGUUGUGCUCCUGGUUACUUUGGCAAUCCGAUGAAACCAGGAGGAAGCUGUCAGCCAUGUAACUGCAACGGCAACAGUAACAACUGUGAUCCCAGGACUGGAGUCUGCAAAAACACAUUGGAGCCAGGAGACACAAACAUGGAGGAGCACUGCCAAGAGUGUGAUAAUUGUGCUCUUACUUUACUGCGAGACUUGGAAAAGCUUGACAGUGAGCUGGAAAAGAUCAAGAAUCAGAUGGACAACGUUUCCGUCAGUACCGCCUCUAAAGAUCGACUAGGGAAGCUGGAGAAGGCCGUGUCAGACACCAAGAUUCUUGUCGACAAGUUUAGCUCUGCCAUCAGCACCCAAAAAUCCAAAGUUGACCAGCUGGAAAAAGACAUGUCCAACCUCGCAGAUGAUGUUUCCUCCCUCAAGGACAAGGCAGAUGAAAGGGCUGCUGAAACUGACAAGGCAUUAGCAAAUGGUGAGAAAACCCACACUAGGGCAAAGGAUUUGGAAUUAGAGAUUCAAAACCUACUAAAGAAAAUAAGAGAUUUACAAGACCAGUUGAGGAACCAAGACGGUAGAGGAGAUGCGUUUCCCAGUGACAGCCUGACUAAAAUUUUGGAAGAAGCUGAGCGCAUGGUGAAGGAGAUGCAAAACAGAGACUUUACCACUCCGAAGACCGCUGCCGAAACAGAAAGAGACGAAGCAAAGAAACUCCUAGAUUAUGUCAAGAAUAACAUGAGCGAGGUGUGUGACCAAAAUGAGGCAGCAGCAGACAAGAUCCGGAGCCUUCUGAAUGAUUACAGCGCCAAGCUGAAGGAACUGGACGAGGCUUUGAAGAAGGCAAAGGACUUGGUGAAAAAAGCCAAUGCCCAGAACACUCUCAACGCUAAGACACUGGAAAAUCUGCAGAAACGUAUUGAUGACUUAGAAAAAGAGCGGAAAACUGUGGUGGACCAGAUGACCAUGGCAGAGGAUGAACUACAGAAGACGGAGGAUUUAGUUAAAAUACUCUCAGACAAUAAAACGGACUAUGAACAGCUGGCCGCACAGCUGGAUGGUGCCAAGAAUGAUUUGACCAAAAAAGUAGAGGAGAUCACCAGUGCAGCGGCCAAAACACCCGUUGUGGAGACAGCGGAGGAACAUGCAAGAAACCUAGCCAAACUAGCCCAAGAGCUUGAGGAUGGCGUGAAAAAUGCAAGUGGACUCUCUGAAGUGCGUGAUGCGAAAGACGCCAUUGAGGCCUACAAGAACAUCAUAGAUGCCAUUAACGCUGCAGAGGCAGCUGCUAACGAGGCCAAAGACGCUGCAGACACUGCACUGAAUAAUGUCAAACAGCAGAACCUCACAGAUAAAGCAAAAGCACUCAAGGAGAAGAGUGACGACCUGCUGAAGAGUGCAGAGGACGCAGAAAAAACCCUGCAGGGCACAGCCGGUGAACUCACUGACCUGAAGAACCGUCUGAGCGAAGCUGAGAAAAAGAAGGCAACCCUUGAAAAAAGCCUAGCUGAUGCACAGACUGAAUUAAACGGCAUCAAAGCGGAUGACAUCGAGGCUAUGAUUAAGGAGGCGAAGAAGAAAGCAGCUGCUGCCAAUGAUUCCGCCACCAACACCAUGGACAAACUCAAUGCCAUCAAAACGGAGCUCGAUAAAAUCAAUCUCACUCCUGUGGACUCCAACCUGAACAACGUCUUGAACGAUGUGGACCAGUCAGUGAAGAAUUUGUGGAACACCAUCCCUUCUCUGAACGACAAGAUCUCAGCCGUGGAGAACUUGACCUCGCAGUUCUCGCCCAUUAACAACAUAUCCGAGAGCAUCAGGAACAUCAAAGAGCUCAUUGAACAAGCCAGGGAUGCAGCAAACAAGAUCGCGAUCCCAAUGAAGUUUAGCGGGGACGGUCACGUAGAGCUGCGUCUGCCGAAGAACUUGGACGAUCUGCGAGCCUACACGGCCUUGAAUCUGUCCCUGCAGAGACCUACCGGCAGGGGCGACGGAUCGCGCCGACGCAGACAGGCUCCGGCCGGCAUGUUUGUGUUGUACAUUGGCAACAGAGAUUCCUCGAAGAAUUACAUAGGCCUGGUGCUGAGGAGCAACGUUCUGUACGGCGUCUACAAGCUCAACGGAGUUGAAUAUGAGAUGAGAACAAGUUCCAUCACAACAUCAGGGUCUGAGCAAGCCAUGUUCGACAGAGUGAACCUACGCAGGAUUUACCAAGACGCCCAGCUUGCUCUGAUCAAAGAAAUAAGCUCGAAUACGCCUAAAGACCCAAUUACGAGCAACAACCAAGGAGAGGAGAACAAGGACCUCCUGGAUGUCAGUCCCAGUGACUUUGUUUUUUACGUUGGAGGCUACCCCGCCAACUUCACUCCACCAGCUUCCAUGAACUACCCAAAAUACACAGGCUGCAUUGAGUUUGUUUCUUUUAAUGACAAGGUUUUGAGUCUGUACAACUUCCAAAGAGUGGAGAAAGUCAAUUUGGAAACUCCCUGCAAAAGAUAUGUACCUCCAGUUGAUUCGGACCUAUAUGAAGGCACUGGAUAUGGUAAAGUGAUAAUAGGAGAAAUAAAGAGGACGUUUAUAAGAAUCAGCAUGAGCAUCUUUACUCGCUUACCAGACGGCCUGCUCACAUUUAUAGGAGAGGGGGACAAUUACGUAGUUUUGACGAUGGAGGGGGGUUCUCUAUAUGUACGUGGCAAUCAGUUUAGUGACUCUCCAGUCAUCUUAAAAAACAUAUAUCCAUUUCAGACAGUUGACUGGCCAGAAAUACAAUUUGUCCUAACAACCACAGGACUUGUGAGAAUCUCUGUGGGCUCUAAUGUACAAAUUGCCAACAAACCUGCGUACAGUAUUGCAAGUUUUAAAGAACUUUAUGUCGGAGGUGCACCACAGGAGCUGAGGGACAAAUUCAACAUCACUGUUCGACCAUACAAAGGAUGCUUGAAGAAUCUGAAGUUACAAGAUGUAUUUCAACCUAUUGAUGAACCAUUGGGCAUCAGCAAAGGUUGUCCAACAGAUUCACUGGUUGCACGCCAAGCACACUUUGGCUCGGACGGCUCCCUCUCUGCUGAGCUCCCAGGCUUCAUUCUGGACAAAGACGUCAGCGUGUCCCUCGGAUUCAAAAGCACAGAGAAUCAGAGCCUUAUUUUGCAGGACAAGUACCCAACAUAUGAGGUUGUUCUUGCAUUAGAAAACGGUUACUUGACUCUACAACUCAAUGGCAAGAAGUGGAAAUCUAACAAACAGUACCACGAUGGGCUGUGGCAUUACUUGACUGUCACCAAACGAGCUGGAAGGACUGAGCUGCGUGUGGAUGAUGCUGAUUAUGGUCAGGAACAAAGUGAUACCAGACCCUUUACUGAGACUGGAGGCGCCGUGGUUCUUGGGAAUAAGGAGUACAAAGGCUGCAUUUCCAACUUCUACACCAGGCGGCCAGCCAACCUGUACACAGCUGAAGACUUCAGCACCUUUAUGGCUUCUGGAGACGUCGAGUUGGACAUGUAUACAGACUUCAGCCCUGCUCAACAAAUGCAGGACCGCGCCUCUAAAAAGGACGAUGUGAACGAAGUGAUAAUCGAAAGCGUUUCGUCUUGCGAGUUACCAGCCCAAGUUCAACAUGCCUACCGCGUGGGGGGGCCCGUCAGCAGCCUGAGCUUCAGCCUUCCUCUGCAGGUGCUGCAGCCCAGACCCCACUUCUCUCUGGAUGUCAGGACUCGGUCUUCUGAGGGUCUGUUGUUCUUUGCUGCAACCAGAGGAGAGCAAUCUCACCUCGCCUUAUACAUGUCCAAGGGCCGGAUCAGACUGUCUGUGGCCAAACAAAAGGAGAUCUUCAACCGAGAGAAAUAUAAUGAUGGGAAAUGGCACUCGGUUGUUUUUAGCCUGGAAAAGAAGAAAUUCCGAUUGGUGGUGGAUGGGAUCAGAGCUCAGGAUGGUCAGCUGACAAGUGCUGAGUUGAAAUCAAUGCAGCAGUUCAUGUCACCUGUGUACCURGGCAGUGCCCCAGCAUCCUUCUACAAAGAGUUAAAGAUGAAGGACCUUCCAAAGCAGAGCGUGUCCGGCUGCAUUCGCAAGUUUAAAAUGAACGGAGCCCACAUGUCAAAUCCGGCUGCCAACUACGGUGCAGGACCCUGCUUUGAGGGGCAGACACAAAGAGGGGCGUAUUUCUCAGGAAAUGGUGCACACGUCAUUACCCAUGACUCUUUUGAUGUGGGCGCUACCUUGGAGCUGCUGUUUAAUAUUCGCCCACGCACUCAGUCUGGACUCCUGCUUCAUGCCGGCGAUUCUAGCAGAACCCCGUCUGGAYCUGCGAUGGGCCACUUUCUCACCAUCUACAUGCUCAGAGGAGAGGUGGUGGUUCGUGUGAACCAAGGAGGAGGAGAAUUUAUGGUGUCAGUGAAGCCAAAAGCGCCUUUAUGUGAUGGAAACUUUCAUAAAAUUUCAGUAAUCAAGAGGAGAAAUGUUGUUCAACUGUCUGUGGACACAAUAGACAACUAUAAGAUUGGACCACCAUCUUCCACUACCACUUUGACCAAAGACCCUUUGUAUGUGGGUGGCAUUCCUGAGACGCUGACGCAUCAGACACUCCCGGUCCGAUCGUCCCUUGUGGGCUGUAUCCAGGACAUGAAGAUCAACGACAUAUCGGUCUCCUUUGACGGCUCGUCAGCCGUGUUCGGCCCCGUCAACCUCAAGGAGUGCCCGGGCUGAGCAGAAACACCUCAUCGCGUCACGAUUCAACAAACUCUUUUGGACCAUGUCCUCCACCAGCUAUGUGCAAUCUGUUUAAGGACAGAGAAUGUGUUUGUGUGUCAGAAUGUGUGUACCUGAGGAGUGUUUUUAAAUGUGUGUGAAUGUGUGUGGGGAAAUAAUGUGAGCAGCAGAUUACAGGUUUUAAUUUUUUUUUUUUUUGCUGCUCUGGUUGAAAAAAAUAUCUGUAUUUAUUUUGUAAAAUAAUCAUGUCUCGUGUCACUUAUGGGAGCAGUUUUUUAACAGUGGAACACAGGCAGGUGUGUUGAUUCACUGAUUCAUCAGCUGCCAGAAUCUACUGAACAAGUAAGGACUUUAUUGUGGACAACCCAGCACUUUAAAAAAAAACUAAUACCUUUUUAUGAUGGUGCUGUAUUUGUGAUGAAGAAAACUAGCUAAUAUUAUUUAUCGUUUUUAUUUUUAUUGGACUCCAAAGUUUAUUAUUAGAACAACUUGUUUACACCCACAAUGCUUCAUUCCAUGACAUUUCAAAGGUUGCCAUGGUAUGAUUUUAUAUGUCCAGAAGCCAGCAUGUACAGUUCUGUUUUUUUAGGUUGAGCACAUUUUACUUCCCAUUUUCCCCCUCUUUUGUUCCAAAUUACCUCCCCAUCUUGCAUUCCUUUUGCAUGAAAAAAAAAGUUAUUUAAUUGAUUUUAACUACACCGAACAAGAUGAAUUUUGUAUUUUUUUUCAGUGAAAUAAUUAGUACAAACUUAUGUACUUAUCAUAAGUUCAACAGCUCUGUUCAGCAUGUUCGGGACCAUUGUCGUGAAUUAAAUAUAUAUAACACUGAACAAAAUAUCUGAAGUACUUAAAUCCAACUGCGAGUGUUUACCGACUGGUUUUGUGCAUUUCUGUCAGAAUUAACAAGGGUUUGUGUAAAACUCAGAGUAAUUAGAUACAUUUACACAUGCAUUCCUGUCUUAUGUAGACUGAUAGCAAAAACUGGUCCAUCAAUGUUCUUAUAUUUUACCUCUCUGUGCCAAAAAAAAUGAUCAUUUGUAUCUUUUGAGCUUUUACAUUUAUGUUGUUACAAUGUGGUCAAAAAAAGUUAUAAUUUUUUUGUUGGAAUAUUAAAAAUAGUUUGAAUGGUUCAAAAAUAAAUAUUUAAUCAUAUUAAAGUGGGAAAACAUUUAAAUGAUGUGGAAGGUUUAGAAAUAUAAUUAAACUUGGCCCUGAGAAAAUUCUAA